AUGAGAAUCCAUCCAAAAGCAGGCACAUCACCAGCAUCAUCAUCGUCAGCAUCACUGGGAUCAUCAGUCUUUUACAUAAGCCGCGAAUGUCAUUAUCCUCCGGCCGUUGUUGUUUCAGUACCUAGAACUGAUACCGUUCAUCCAGAAAACAAAACCAACGUAUGCGUGCUUCAGUCGACCACACUACCGGCUCUUGGCAAUGACAGCAAUGGUACGGUGCCGUUGAUCAGUAUCAGCGAUGCGGACAACAAUCACAGUCGUUUAGCUGCUACAUCUGCAGAGAAGCAGCCGCCCGUGGAAGUCGGCACUGCGAAGAAAUCGGAAGCAAAAUGUGGCUUAUACGGCUCGACGCGCUAUGUAAUAUUGCUGGUUGCAGUGCUGACAAUGACCGCUGCGAGGGCCAACGAAAUGACAUUCAAUUUGACCGUGAUCUGCAUGACCUCCAACUCAACCAUCGAUGGGGUGGAGCCGGUGGAGAUGACGCCGGGCGAGAUCAGCACCAUCUUCGCGGGCGGAGGAAUCGGUGCGAUUGCGUUUGUGCUGCCGAUCGCGUACGCGCUGCACCGGCUCGGGGCACGCAGCGUGUUCGGCAUGCUGCUGCUCUUGUCGGCCGUGGGCACCGCGCUGAUGCCGUACGCCGCACGUCUGGCUCUUCUCUGGAUGGUCUCCAUACGUAUCGUACAGGGUAUAACUUUGGCUGCAGUGAUGCCGAUGAUGGGAUGUGUUAGUGCAAGCUGGGCUCCGAUCGCCGAAAUUGGGAAUUUUGUAACAAUGCUGUCGUCUUGUGGCCAGUUGUCGCAGAUCUUCACGAUGCCACUUGCAGCUCACUUGUGUGUCACGUCCGGCUGGCCUUCGGCAUUCUACACGCAUGCACUCAUUUCCGCCACUCUUGCGCUUGCAUUUCUUGGCUUUUAUCGAAAUUCUCCUAGCAAACAUCCGUGCAUCUCUAGCAGCGAGCUCCUUCUCAUCACUGAGGGAGCUACGAUUUUCUGCAGCAAAACGGAGGCAUCGCAAGGAGAUUUCGGUGCCAUAUUGGUCGAUCGCAAGCAGUCGUUCGGUGUGGGCUGUCUGGAUCGCGUUUCUUGGCAAUGCAUUCGAUUUAUGCCGACUUAUCUAAACAAGGCCCUCAAUGUACCAAUCGAAAGGACUGGCUUGUCGGCAAUCGUACCUCCUACUGUGCAGUUGUUAGUGAAAAUGAUUGCUGGCGUUGCGUCCGAUAAGAUGACCAUUUCGGAAAAGCGUAAGCUGCAGUUUUUCAACACGUUGGCUAUGGUCGGGUGCGCUGUCUUUCUGCUUCCACUUGGCUUUCUCAGCUCUGAGCACGCCGGAAUGGCUUUAGUUUGCUUCACGGGUGGCAUCAGUUGUGUCGGCCUGGUAACUUGUGGAUCGUUGAAAUCAGCUGCGCUUAUUGCUCGAACAUUCACCGAGUUCGUUAUGGCUAUCAUACAGGUGCUGUUAGUUUUUAUGCGUUUUUUGCAGCUAUGCAAUGCAAAAACGCAUAUUGACGAGGGGUAGUC